CCCCUGGCGGCGCGGCCGCUCCCGCCGCCGCUCCAAGAUGGCGCAGGCGAUCUUCGAGGCGCUGGAAGGAAUGGAUAAUCAGACAGUGCUGGCUGUGCAGUCCUUACUGGAUGGUCAGGGAGGUGUGACGGAUCCAUCGGCUCAAAAUGUCAACUCCUCCAGUGCCAUCCAGCCCAUGGAUGACGAAGACGUGUUCCUCUGUGGGAAGUGCAAGAAGCAGUUCAACUCUCUGCCUGCCUUCAUGACCCACAAGAGAGAGCAGUGCCAGGGCAGUGCCCCGUCCCUGUCCACAGUAUCUCUGGCCACCAACAGCGCGUACAGCCCGUCCAUCACCUCGGUGCCGCAGGCUCCGAGCGCCGGCCGGCAGCAAAUCUCUACGUACAUCACCGUUCCCCCAUCACCUUUGAUCCAGACCCUGGUGCAGGGGAACAUCUUGGUCAGUGAUGAGGUGCUGAUGUCAGCCAUGUCUGCUUUUGCAUCCUUGGACCAGCCCAUGCCAGCGGUGCAGCCCCCGGUGCAGAGCAGCAUGAGUAUGCACGCUGGGGCUGGAUACCUGUCCCAGCCCCCCCCGCCACCGCCUCCCCCGCCGCCGCCCCCUCCUCAGCCCCCGCCGCCUCCCCCCCCGAGCCUGGGGGCUCCGGGGCAGCCCGGGGGCACCACUGGUGUGGUGGAAGUGUACAGUGCCCCUCCUCCCAUGGCACCAACCAGCACGGUGGAGAUCCAGACGCUGGGCAUGCAGCCCUACCCGCCCAUGGAGGUACCAAGCCAGUGUGUGGAAAGUCCCGUGUACCCCUCUCCCCCCGUGUACAGCCCUGGGAAGCAGGGGUUCAAGUCCAAGAGCACCAGUGCUCCCACUGCCCUGACCAGCACAGGAGGAGGUCCCAUGGUUGGUUUUGAUUCCCCUGCUGCUGCCAAAACUCGACGCUGCAAAAACGAGAGCGGGCUGCAGGAAGGUAAACCCAAGUCCUCCAAGCUGAAAUGCACUUACUGUGACAAGGCCUUCACCAAGAACUUUGACCUGCAGCAGCACAUCAGAAGCCACACAGGUGAGAAGCCCUUCCAGUGUAUCGUGUGUGGCCGAGCCUUUGCCCAGAAGUCCAACGUGAAGAAGCACAUGCAGACCCACAAAGUGUGGCCUCCAGGGCUGGGCUGCACCAUCUCCCGCAACUCCAUCACAGUGCAGGUCAUGGCCUUGAAUCCCAACCAGCCAGAGGACGAGGAGAACACAGGUUUGCCUCAGCCCUCAAGGAACCCCAUGCUACCACCCCAAGAGCUGAGCCCCUUGGAGGACAGCGAGGCAGGCAAGCUGGAGGCCAAGCAGGUUGUCUUGAUCGACAGCUCUUACCAGUGCCAGUUCUGCCCCAGCAAGUUCAACACCUAUUUCCAGCUCAAAUCACACAUGACACAGCACAAGAAUGAGCAGGUGUACAAGUGCGUGGUGAAGACCUGCGCUCAGACCUUCCAGAAGCUGGAGUCCUUCCUUGAGCACAUCAAGAGCCACCAGGAGGAGCUGAGCUACCGCUGCCACCUCUGCAGCAAGGACUUCCCCUCCCUGUACGAGCUGGGUGUCCACCAGUACUCGCACAGCCUGCUGCCCCAGCACAGCCCCAAGAAGGACGUGGCCGUGUACAAGUGUGUGAAGUGUGUCAAUAAAUACUCCACCCCAGAAGCCCUGGAGCACCAUCUGCAGACAGCAACGCACAACUUCCCCUGCCCUCACUGCCAGAAGGUGUUCCCCUGCGAGAGGUACCUGCGCCGCCACAUCCCCACGCACGGCGGGGGCAGCAAGUUCAAGUGCCAGAUCUGCAAGAAGUUCUUCCGUCGGGAGCACUACCUCAAGCUGCACGCCCACAUCCACUCGGGUGAGAAGCCCUUCAAGUGCUCGGUGUGCGACGCCGCCUUCAAUCGCAAGGACAAGCUCAAGCGGCACAUGCUGAUCCACGAGCCCUUCAAGAAGUACAAAUGUCCCUUCUCGAGCCACACGGGCUGCAAUAAAGAGUUCAACAGGCCUGACAAGCUGAAGGCUCACAUUCUGUCCCAUUCAGGGAUGAAGAUCCACAAGUGCCAGUACUGUAACAAGUCCUUCAGCCGCCGCGCCCACAUGGUGGAGCACCAGCGCUCCCACACCGGCAACUACAAGUACCGCUGCCCCACCUGCAGCAAGGGCUUCACCCGCCACAAGUACAUGAAGGACCACAAGUGCCGGCUGGGCUCGCCCAAGGACAAGGACCUGCAGCUCAGGAAGCCCCAGAAGAAGCGGGUGGCACGGGGGGGGCGCAAGGCGGGCCUGGCCCUGCCCGGGCUGGCCGAGCUGAAGGACGGCGGCGCUGCCGGGGAGAGCCCCCCCGAGGGGGGCCCCGACAAAGAGCCCUUCCAGGAGUCGGAUGCCGUCCUGUCCAUCGUGGUUGGGGGGUCAGGAGCUGCCGACUCGGACCUUGUCGCUGGGCAGCCCAACAGCAUGGCAUCCAACCUGGCCCUGGCAGAGCUGCAGGCGGGCUCGGACGGGCCCUGCACCAUGCUGGCUGUCCCUGUGUACAUCCAGACCACCGAGUGACCGUGCCCAGAGCCACUGUGUGGCCGUUGGACUCGGUGCUCAAAUCUAUCCCAGUGAAAAAGACCAAAGCUCUGGUGGGGAGGUAGAUGGAUAUGGGAGAGGAUGACUUUCAUCUCCACUGAGUCUUCCCAUCCUUGAGCAGAGGACUGCUUGGAAGCCACUGGUGGCUACGAGGCACUGAAGAGGGUGGCUCCAUUAUUUCUUGUCCCUCUGCGUCACGGGUCUGCUUAGGGCAAGAAAGACAAAGAUCCCUGAAUCAGGGUAAGAAGAAGGAGCGUGCAAACCUGCAACACACAGAGCUGCUGAAAUCUGGUGGCUUUGCAAAUCACAGCCUGUCCCAUCUGUGGUUUUUCUGGCCUAAAAGCUGUAUUGCCCAGUAUUUGGGUGGCCCUUCUGAGAGCAAGCAAUUGAUCCUUCCUAGUGGAAGCGAGUUCAUCCUGAGAUCCUUUGGGAACACUGUUCAGAAAUACCCUGGUAGACUUGUGUCUGGUAUCUUCUCUCUGUGUCUCUCAGUAGAAAGAUCACCGUGUCUGUACCACACGAGUUAUAAACACCCUGGACCUCA